CGUUCCCAUUGCCAGAAUUUCAUCUCUCUACCUGGGCUGCUCACCUCUUUGGGUUGAGGGUCCUGGGCCUGAGCAAUACCCAGCCUCUCAUUGCCCACACAGGUGAAGAGCUUGGAGUUAGUUCUGGCACCGUGAAUUGUUGCCAUCACCUCGCUGCUCUCCCUUUGCUUCCUCUGCCUAACUUUGGAAGCCUGCCCGGCUUGUGUCUGAGUCUGUGACACAUGUUGCCUUCUUCUCACAGUGGGAGAGAUUAGAAUGAGCCAGCUCUCACAGGCACAACUGACAGGCUGAGCAGAGCAAGAAUCUGACUGUUUUGCAACGCUCUGCCCACCCAGUGUACACGGCUUGGGCCAGAGAGGAAACAGCUCAGCCAGCACCAGGAACGAUGGCACCUGGGCAGAUUGAUGCCAUAGGAUACGAGAAACAAGCAACAACAAGAGAAUGGUCUGUUGUUGUGUUUCCACAAAAGACUUCUACAGCACCAGCUCAGAAGUGCCUUCCAGAUCAAGGCUCUGUUCAUGAGCAGAACACCACCUCAACUGAGGCUCUGGAAGAUAUUGAAGACAAUGAGGAGCUCAUAGAACAGCUCAUGUGCAUCACCUCGGACAGCUUACCCCAGCUAGAAGUAGAGGAGAAAUAUGACAUAGCCAAGGAGCUAGGCAGUGGCUCCUAUGGACAUGUUCUGCACAUCCAGCAUCGCGAGAGAGGAACAUCGAUGGCUCUGAAGCUGAUGUCCAAGGAGCGGACAGGGAGGCACGAGUUCCUGCGGGAAUACUGUAUUGCUCUCUGCCUCUCCUCACACCGCACUCUUCUCCGAACCACUGGCAUUGCUUUUGAGACAUCUACACAUUACGGCUUUGCACAGGAGCUGGCACCAGCUGGUGACCUCUGUGCCAUCCUGAAUUCAGGGGAGGGCCUUCCUGAGGUGCAGGUAAAGCGGUGUGCAGCCCAACUGGCCGAGGCGUUGGAUUUCAUGCAUGGCAAAGGCUUGGUGCACCGGGACAUAAAGCUGGACAAUGUGAUGCUUUUUGACAAAGAGUGCCGUCAGGUGAAACUGGGAGACUUUGGCCUCACACGAGUGGAAGGCACACAAGUGGCUGCUAUGUCUGGCACUCUGCCCUACUCCCCACCUGAAUUGUGCCUUUUGGAAGGCACCGAAACUUUGGCUCUGGACCCCAGCCUGGAUGUCUGGGCCUUUGGAGUGCUACUGUUCUGUAUUUGUACGGGUUGCUUCCCUUGGGAUGUGGCCAUGAGCCCUGACCCUCAGUUUGAGGAAUUUGGCAUCUGGCAGAACCGCACGGUGCCAGGGGAGGCUCCGGCCCUGUGGAGAGGCUUUACCACCCAUCUCUUGGGUCUGUUCCGCCGCCUAAUGGCCAUUGACCCUAACCGCCGCAUUCCUGCUGUUGAAGUGCACAAGUACUUAGCUCUGCCUUGGAGGGUGGACAGUUGUGGAGGGACACAGAGUCCUCAAGAUGAACCUCUGAAUACAAUGGAUUUGGGUGCCUUCCUCAAUGAUCCUAUUGGGGGCAAUACUAACCUGGGUAAUAGAUCUCAGGAGAAGUGUCCAGGGGAAAUACUGCCUGAGCUAAUUCUCUGUGAGAAAACCCACACCAUUCAGAAUGGUCAUAGCCCUGGAAGCAAUCCCAGUCCACAGGAAGCCUCAUGGCUAACUGAGCCUGGGCUCCAGCCCUGAUUUUAGAUACCGGUAAUCCUCUUCCAUGAACAUGCUGAACUGAGUUGAAAGACCCAAGUAAGGGAAAUAAGACUUAGCAGUAGUUUGUUCAGUAUAAUGCCACCUCUGCUAUUGGUCAGGGUAGCAUAGAACUAGCUAGUCAGUAAUGAGUGAUCUACUCCCUGCCAGAGAGAAAAUGCAUAGUUGGGUAGCAAUGAUAUCAGCAGAACAACCUUUAUUUCAAUAGCAGGAACAUCCACUAAAGAAGAUAACGGUUGCUUCCUCUUUAGCUUUAUUAGCUGGAGAUGCCUUCCUUUGUUCACUCACUUUUUGUGGAGCAUCUAGGCAAUGUCAUUAUUAAGGUGUUGCAGUCCAGAAUUUUCUGUAUCAUCUCACCAUGAUUUUUUUAGACAAUUAUGACAAUUUUAAAGAAAUAAAAUAUGAUCGCUGGACCAGCCUGCCCACGAGGAACAGGCAGAGUUCUGUUCCAGCUUCUCACAGCUCCUGUACCUUUAAGACAGGGAUGGCUAACUCACAGGCCGGAUCAAGGCCACCAGGCCUUCAAGUCCCACAGCCUGAUUAGGAAAUCUCGCCUGCUCUUUAAGGAGCAGAUGGGGCACUAAAUCUCCAGAUUGAGACAUAAAAUUCCUCUUCUCUUUAGAUCCUCCUGUGUAGAGAUAAAAAAUCCCUCUGGCAUCCCUUUAGAGGGGAUAUCUGGAGAGCAGUCAUAAGAAUCAUUUCUCCCUGCUCUUAAUGCUCAACCCCACAGUGCUGAGACUGGAGAUAAUCCCUCCACCUGAUAUUUAAGAGUAAAAGGCAACAUGCCCACCCCUCACUCCAAUCCUAGGGUGAUACCUGGGGAAAUGCUGUGUUUUAAUUUUAAAAAGCAAGCAGAAGGCUCAUAUCCAGCCUUAGUACUGCAGUGCCUAGCAUUAAGAUCAGAGAGAAGUGUAGGAUAGGUUUUAGUGCGUAGGAGAGCAUAUAUUAAUUGGCACUUUAUCCCUCUAGGCCACGUGUGUGGAGUGAACAGAGUUUUAAAAUCGCCACCCUAAACUGAACAAUUAAAAGAAUAGGAAUUAGGCUGCAAAACCUUGAUUUUAGCAAGUCCAGCUAUGAAGUAAGCUGGCUCUCCUUUCUUACCCUGCUCCGUAAAGAAUUGGGCAACAACUUGGAAAGUAAUAAGUUAAAAACUAUAACUUGUUUACUUAUAAUCUAGCAUUGGUUCAAGCAACGGUAGCAGUAAAAACUAUGCAAGCAAAAUACUUACAUUUGCAGUAUAACCAGCUUCAGGUAUGCACCUAAAGCUGGAGUAAGUGGAGGCAUGUCUGCAUCCAUGGCUGUCAAAGGGAGAGAGAGAA